AAUUUUGAAAAAAAAAAAAAAGCGUGGAAGCCUGAGCUGGUACUUAGCAACGCUUGCAGUGUCGUGUCAGCAGCAUGGAUCGACGCGUUGCCGCUUGCCACUCUGAAUUCCAUUGCAACGUCACUCUCCCUCUUCUUCCAUAUGUGAGCUUUCUCCUCGCCAUUUUCUGCAGAGUCAGAACAAUGAAGAAGAACAAACUUGUGCAUCAGCCUUCUCUUUUUUGGUCCUCUUUUGGCCUUCGUACGAUAUGGGGAGCUUAAAAAUUUUCUUUUAACUCUUCUAUUGAGGAAAUGUAGUUAAGCAGAGAAGGAACUGAUAUUGAAGGAUAAUUGUGGAUCUGAUGGAAUUAUUUCUUGAAUUAGUGGCUACCAUUAUAAUUUUGGUGACAAAGCCUUUUUCUCUGUUUAAAUUGCUGUGCAUGCUUGGUGUUAAAAGUAUCUGUAUUGUGAUCUGCAUUUGGAUGGAGUUGGUGACUGCUACAAUUUUCUUUCAACUGAAUAUAUUCUGGAGUAUUGUGAUUUGGGUAGUUACUCUUAUUUCUUUUCCUGCCCGAGUUCUGAAUGCAUUGCAGAGGGAGAGGCUGUGGAGAAAGAAAUUUAGAGUGUAGGUGGAGAGCUAUGACGAUCUCAUGCAUGUUAGACUCAUGCUUACAGCUGGAAAUGCAUUUGGAUGAGAUGCAAAUAGAGUUGGAGAAUCUUGUGUGGGAUAAAAACGAAGUUGAAGAACAAAUGCAAACAGCCACAAAGGAGCACAGAAUGAUGGAGUUGAUGUUCUCAGAACUUGAAGAGGAAAAUGACAAAGCUAUUAUGAAAAUUGAAUUGUUAGAGGGUGAGUUGAAGGAUCUGAGGAAUGAAAAUAUGCGGCUGAAGGAGAUUCAAGGUGAACAAUUUUGGAGCUUCAAGGGCCAAGAUGAUGUAAGCAGUGACCAAAGAACUCAAACUGCUGAUGACCAUGGAAUUCAAUACGGGAUUCAAUCCUGGAAAUCCAGUUAUAAUGGAAGAGGCAUCCUUCUCCAAGAGCUUAUGAUGCAAAGAGAAGCUUGGGAGGGCAGGUGCAAUAGUAAGGGUGAAUUGCCUCACCCCUUGAAUACAAAAACAAAAGCCAUUGAACCAAUCCAAGCAUUUACACCUGAGACUGUUCCCAGAAAUUCAAACUUAAAUGAAACUAUCCACAAACAGAGAGGACAUGUGGUAUCCCAGUCUCUUUUUAGUGCAGUACUAUCAGUCUUGGUUGGAAUGAUUAUCUGGGAAGCUGGGGACCCUUGCAUGCCCCUCGUGGUGGCACUUUUCAUUGUUGUGGGAAUUUCGUUGAAGAGUGUAGUUCAGUUCUUCUUGGCCAUUAAAAACAAAUCUGCUUCUGAUGCAGUUGCUCUUCUAAGCUUCAACUGGUUUAUACUUGGCACUCUCACCUACCCAUCAUUGCCCAUAGUUGCUGGAAUGCUGGGUCCGCUUGCCUUGAGAUUUGUCAGUGGGACGGUAAGCUGGCUGGCUCGCUCCUCCUAGCAUAGAACCCCGGUUCACUACUCUUUUGUACAGUUCAUCAACUUUUACCAUUACAUUGUUUCACUUACUGUGUACUAUGGGAAUUGAUUAGUCUAUUUUCUCUUUGAAGAUUUUGGAUAAACAUAUAGUCAAGGCAGAAUUAUAUAGAGUUGUUUCGACACUGUAGUCA